AUGGGGAAGACCGGGCGCAUCCGCCAGGCAGACCAUCCUGCGCUGACCCCACCCAUGUCCCUACAAAUAUCCGACAGCGACUUCUCAAGGUUGUCGCUAGCUCCUCGUCUCCUCCAUGUCGUUAUCCACAAAAAUUCCCCAAAUCACACCGCACCCCGCGUGAAGACCAAGACGACCCGCUGCCGCACCUCGCCGCCGGUGGCUCCCAAAGAGCGCCAUUUCGGCGGAGCGCCCUCGCCCCUCUGCUUGCUGCUCGAGCUGCACGGGCGCCUGCUUCCCUGGCGGCGGUUCCGCAACAGCGUGCUGUCGAAGCACAGCGGCAGUCCCUUCCCCCACUGCUCCCACGGCGCGGCUUCUUCCUCCAGCCAUUCGGCUGGGGCCCAGGCGGUGCUGGAGGAUGCACGCGGCGUAGGGGACAAGUCUAGAGGGGUCGCGCGAGAGGAGAAGGAUCGGGUCUCGGUGGUUCUUCAGGAGGCGCGUGCAAAGCGGAACGCGCGAGAAUACUGCAGGAAGAUCAUAAACAAUACUAGCAUGAACAGGCGUGCCUUCUUCAUCAUCACGGCUAUAAGUGUCCAACAAUUGAUCAAUAUCCUUCACAGUGGAAGUUGUCGAGGGUAUUUCUUCCUGGGGUCGGUUGGAUCGAUGCUUUGGGAGUUGGAGCCAAGCCGGGGGCACUGGCAAGUCUAAACUCUGCACCUUCGUCAGGUGAUGGAUAGACUGCAAACUCUGAGCACAGUUGGUGAUGGGACGGUGGCCAGUUGGGGACAGGUUGGGGACGAGCGACGUUGUCCCCGUCGUCGACGAGCAAAUGUGAUGCAUGUGGUAGAAGACCAGAGGUAAGAGGGGGAGGCGGAGGCGCGGUGUGGUAGCCGGUGCGUUGCGGCGGUGCUGUAACGCCUCGUAUGAUAUGGUGGCCGGAUGGAUCCGCGUGAGGUGGUACAGGGGAGUGGAUGCACUUACUUGCAAUUGGCAACAACCAGCCAGAACCGAUAUGUCUCGUGCUUCAGCUAUCACCGCCCUGCUUCUCCCCGCUGCGAAGCGCCGCCAGCUAGAACCGAGAAGACGAUCAGAUCGAGUCACAUAUGCCCCGGGAAGAAAUAACUAACCUACAGAUAUAGUCUCCCUAAAAAAACUGCAGAUAUAGUCAACAUGCCCAGGCGUAUACUCCAAGAAUAUGAUAACACGGUUUGUAUAGCGUCCGAACUCUUUCCUAAUGGCAACGUAUAGUCCAAGAAUAUGAUAGCACGAUUUGUAUAGCGUCCCGUCCGAACUCUUUCUCAAUGCCGGUUCGAACUCUUGUACC